CCCCUGCACUGAUCGAAAUCUUCUACUUCUGAAACCUAAACGGAAACAGAAAUCUAAGAAACGUUCAGGGAUUCGGUGAAGAAUUUGGUUUUCAAUGGGGAAAGGUUCGAAGAGUGUUUGCAAGUCUGCAUCCCACCAGCUCUUCAAGGAUAAAGCGAAGAACCGGGUGGAUAAUCUCCAGGGUAUGUUUACGGAUCUACAAUUCGCUAGGAAAGAAAGCCGUACGAGCGAUGCUGUUGUUCUGGAGGAGCAAGUGCAUCAGAUGCUGAGCGAAUGGAAAGCUGAACUCAACGAGUCUUCUCCUGCAUCCUCUUUGAUUGGUGGUGGUACUGUUUCUUUCUCUUCAGAUAUUUUCCGUAUGUUGCAGCGUUUUGAGGAGGAAGAUGAUGCAACCAGUGCAUUGGCAGAGCCCGCUAAGCCUGAGCCUAAUGAUCAAACCAUUCAGGCGGGAGAUAAUACCGCAUUCCAGGAGGAUUAUUUCACAAAUCAAGGACCAGAAGAACAUGGGUUUCAGGGGGUUGAUCAGUGCAAAGGCCAUGCGUCGGGAGUGUAUAAUACAUCAAUGAAUAACUUGGAAGUGACAACUCACCUAGACUAUCAACAGUUUGAUUUGCAUCAAGAGUUUGACCCUGAUCUUUUCAUUGGAUUAAAUUGUACUGGUCAGUGUGGAGAGGAUGAUGUUUCCCAAAUUUCUGGCUUUCUUCCGAGUAUCUGCCCACCACCUUCUGCCUUCUUAGGACCAAAAUGUGCACUCUGGGAUUGCCCCAGACCUGCAAAGGGGUCAGAUUGGUUUCAAGACUACUGCAGCAGCUUUCAUGCAACCCUUGCAUUGAAUGAAGGUCCUCCAGGUAUGACUCCAGUUCUGCGACCAUUUGGUAUUGAGCUAAAGGAUGGUCCCCUUUUUGCUGCUCUUAGUGCAAAAACACAAGGAAAGAAUGUGGGUAUUCCAGAGUGUGAGGGUGCUGCAACUACGAAGUCUCCAUGGAAUGCUACUGAGCUAUUUGAUCUUUUCGUGCUUGAGGGUGAAACAAUUAGGGAGUGGCUCUUUUUUGAUAAACCUCGAAGAGCAUUUGAGAGUGGUAACAGAAAGCAGCGGUCAUUGCCUGAUUAUAGUGGACGUGGUUGGCAUGAGUCAAGGAAGCAGGUGAUGAAGGAACAUGGGGGUCUUAAGAGGUCUUACUACAUGGACCCACAACCACUGAACAAUUUCGAGUGGCACCUGUAUGAAUAUGAGAUCAACAACUGUGAUGCUUGUGCAUUGUAUAGGUUAGAACUCAAGCUUGUUGAUGGAAAGAAAACCCCCAAAGGAAAAGUAACAACCGAUUCACUUGCUGAUCUGCAGAAGCAGAUGGGAAGGCUGACAGCUGAGUUCCCUGUGGAUAAUAAACGUUCUGUUAAAGGUAGGGGAAAAGUUAAUUUGAAGACUGACGUUGCGAAUGUUGCUUCUGCUCCAGACCAGAUUGCUCCUACAAAUGAAACAUUUGGUUAUUGUGUGAAUGCUCCAUAUAGUAGUUAUCUUGUUGAGAAUUUGAGCGACUACUAUGGUACAUAAGGAAGGAAAGUUUGCUGCAUGCGGAAGCAAAAGGCAUUGUGAAAGUAAGAUUUUAAUAUAUGAUGCUUUUCACUGUAGAUAGUGGAAUUUUUGCAAUUUCUCUGUAGAUCAUCAGUCUUCAGUUUCUGGUCAAUAAUAUUCAACCAGUCACAAUUUUUUGUCACAAGGCAAUAUUGUGCAUAGUUUGUUAUCCUCUGGGAGUGUUAUGUUAGUAACCUGGAUGCUGUAGCAUCCUCUGACCGCUGAGAGAUGAUUAACUUACAGCAGAACUGGUUGUAUUUAGGUGGUGCAUUUUGCUAAAUAUGUGGUCCGAGGGUGAAUGAUGCUGAUGGAAUGGUCUAAAGAACUGUUUGGGAUGAAGAUGCAAAUACAGCUUUAGUUCAAUCCUUGCAUUGCAUGGGUUUAGCACCUAUCAUAUGUCCAUAAGUAGUUUUGGCUCUGCUUCAGAAGGUAUUAGCUGAAGAUUUUAGUGCUGUUGAUUAUUAACUUUUAACUUUAACUGACAGUUUAUUUAGUUACAAGUACAUGUGUUAAAUUGCUUUCUUAGCUCA